CAUUGUCGACAACAGCAUGUCUUUCAUCCCCAUCACAUGUGCUGCUGAUUCAUUGAACCACUACUACUUUGAAUAUUGCUACCUUGUUGGUUGCUUCACCUUAUAAAAAACCCCCUUCCUUCUCUUCUGUCUUAACCAAGAAACAUUCCUCAAUCUAAACAAUCACAAAGAGUGAAAAAGAAGAAGAUACACCAGUCUGAGAUCAAAGAUGAAGAACCAGAAUCAUGGUCAGGUGAUUGGAAUUCCUGCGGCCAAUGUCAGAUAUGCAGCUGACUGCUCUCUAUAUCGACAGAAUACGAAGGAUUCAGUUAUUGAUUGGAUGAACAAGUUUGGCAAGAAGGCAGAUACAUACGCAAGAGGAAUUAGAGAUCACGUUUCUUUGGGACGCAAGAUAUCUGAAACUGUAAAAGGAAAGUUGAGCUUGGGGGCAAGAAUUCUUCAGGCAGGAGGAAUUGAAAAUGUCUUCAGAAGAUAUUUCUCUGUCAAUAAAAGAGAGAAGCUUCUGAAAGCCUGUCAAUGUUAUCUAUCGACAUCAUCUGGUCCUAUUGCAGGGUUGCUCUUCAUUUCUACGGAGAAAAUUGCAUUUCGCAGUGAUAGACCAUUAACGUUCACUUCUCCUAAAGGAGAUUUGAUCAGAGUUCCUUAUAAAGUUUCGAUUCCAUUGAGGAAGAUCAAGAGAGUUAGUCCAAGUGAGAAUGUGAAUAAGCCUAACAAGAAGUAUGUCCAGAUUGUUACAGUUGAUGAUUUUGAGUUUUGGUUCAUGGGUUUUGUGAGUUACCGGAGAUCUUUUAAGUAUUUGCAGCAAGUAAUCGAUGAAUCAGAGAUGAGCUCCUAGCGUUAAUAGGAGAAGACGAGGGGAAAAAAAAACCCUGCACAUUGAUAGUUUGUUAUUGUAAAUUAAAGAGUCAGUUCAUGAGGAUAGUAUAUUUUUGUGUUUAUCUAUUUGUACAAUGAGAUGGUGAUGUACUAUUCCUUGUAAUACUUCAUGUGAUGGAAAACUAUACUUUGAGCCAGACAUGAGUUUUAUACGCACUCCAAAUUCAG